UUGAACAUUAUAUUCUAGUAUAUAUUGAUGUAGUCGUUAUUAGAUGUUAUACAUUGAGAAAGAGAGGAAGAAAAGGCAAAGGUGACGCGAAAUCGAUGGCAGAAAAGAGCUCAGUGAAGCUACAUGGAAUGUGGGCGAGUCCUUUUGCUAUGAGGGCGAACCUCGCCCUUAAACUUAAAGGCAUAGAGUAUGAGUACAUAGAGGAAGAUCUAAAAAAUAAGAGUAAAUUGUUGUUGCAAUAUAACCCUGUGCAUAAGAAAGUGCCUGUUCUUGUGCACAAUGGUCUACCUGUUGCGGAGUCAACGAUCAUCCUCGAAUACAUUGAUGAGACUUGGACCGAUCCACCACAUCUCCUCCCUAAGGAUCCCUACGAAAGGGCCAAACUCCGCUUUUGGGCGGCCUAUUUCCCACCAGUCUUCGACCUGAUGCGCAAGUCCCUUAUAACGGAAGGUGAAACACAACAAAGCACGCUAAAUGAGUUGCUACAAAAAUUGGAUGUGGCCGAGGAAGGAAUGAAGGAUAUAUUCCCAAAUGGGGUUCCAUCAUACUCACAAGAUGUUAAGCCUGGAUACUUAGAUAUAGUGUUCUACUCGCUUUUCGGAACCCAUGAAGUUGCUACUGAAUUCUUCGGUGUUAGGUUUUUAACACCGGAGAGGUAUCCACUACUGGUGUCAUGGAUUGAGGCAUUGAAAAAAGUUCCUGAAGUCCUAGAAGUCACACCACCAAAGGCUAAGAUUAUGGGGUUUUAUCAGUACUAUCGACAGAAGUUUGUACCACCAAAGGCGUAACAAAUGGAACUUUAGUUUUGUAUAAAUCUUGAUUUUCCGGAUUGUAAUGUAAUUUUCUUGAAUCUUUUGAUUGUAAAACUGUUAUUGUUAUCAAUGAGGUAUGUUCUUUUCUGAUUGGAAUAUAAUAAGUUGUAUUUAAAAUUAAAACCAA